UGGCAAAGGGCGUGGCCAUUUAUUUUCAAGCUUGUCAAUGUUGUAUUUUGCAAGUGAAGCAAAGUUAAAUGUCUAGUCAGUCAGAAGAGAGAGAGAGAGUUGGGAGUAAAGAGACAACAAGGAUAAAUGCAUGUUACUUGUAUCAUAAACAUAUACUGGACUUUGAGCAGAUUUUGACUUUCUUUUUCCACUUCCCGACAGAAUGGAGAAAUCCAGCAGACAUCUUCAGGAGGAGGUGGACGAGGUGACCGUCAUCAUGCAGGAGAAUCUCAACAGGGUCGAGGAGAGGUCUGAAAAACUUAGUGACCUGGAUAAACGAUCCGAAAUCCUCCGGACCCACAGCGUAAGAUUUUCCAAGACUGCUCGGAAGGUGAAGGUGGAGAAGCAGAAGGAGAACCGGAAGAUGAAACUGCUGCUGGCGGGUGGAGUCCUGCUGGCGGUUCUGGUUCUAAUCAUUAUAAUUGCGGUAGUCUGCUCUCACAGCUCAAAGUCCGUCGAUGGGGGGGCCAAGACAACUAUAGCACCCAGUGUGAAUGCUUCAGAGGGAUAGGGAGGGGGCAAGAGAGAGUGAAAGACGUGAAAAGGAGAAAAAGAAAAGAAGGGACAGUCUGGGUGGUUUUAGAGGGAGCUGACUACAGUCAGCGAUUACUGGGUACAAUGUAUACAAUAUAGCUGCUGCUAUUCAGAGCUGGCUGUGCUUAGCAUAUCACAAACAUACUAUAACAGCAGGAUGUACAUUAAUUCCAUAUCCAAGUCCAAUGUUUACCAUAAUAAACACGUAGCCUAAUUAACAAGUAGCCAUGUACACAAGCAUCCGCAAGUAAUCUGUAAUCAUAGUGCAGCCCCUCCAUCUGAUAAUCUUGUAAAAACAUUUCAGCAUGGAGCUACAGGUAUAGAUAAAUUGAAUAUAAUGAAAAACAAUGUUAUAGUAACUGGUGGGUGUUAUAUUAUUUCAAGAGAAUAAAGUCAAAAGCUAUAAUGAGUCAAUACAUUAAAUGCAUAAAGACAUCAUACUUCAAAAACAUGUCAAGACAUUUUGAAAUGUUCAACUGCAAAUUGGACCAAUUGAAUUAAUUGUUUAGAUGAAUCGACUAAUCAAUGUAUGGUGGCAUGGAUGGUGCAGUGGGUAGCACUGCCGCCUCACAACAAGGAGGUCCUGGGUUCGAAUCCCCGUCAGCCGGGGCCUCUCUGUGCGGAGUUUGCAUGUUCUCCCCGUGUAGGUUAGGCUGAUUGGAGAAUCUAAAUUGCCCGUAGGUAUGAGUGUGUGAGUGAAUGGUGUGUGUGCCCUGCGAUGGACUGGAGACCUGUCCAGGGUAUAUUCCUGCCUUUCGCCCAAUGUAUGCUGGGAUAGGCUCCAACCCCCCUGUGACCCUGUUCAGGAUAAGCAGGUUAGGAUAAUGAAUGACUAAUCAAUAAAAAAAAUAAAAAAAAUUAUUGACAGAUUAAUUGAUAACAAAAUAAUCGUUAGUUGCAGCCCUACUCUCAGUAUUGCACUUCUUGGAUUGUCAGGUAAACUUGAAACCUGUUUUACCCAGAAACCAGUGUAAACUAAUGGUGCUUGUUACUAAAGAAGAAGUUGUCAUUAGAUGGGUAAGUGGUAGUGUGAUAAUUAGGGACAAUAGACAUAAGCUGACCACAGGUAAUGAGAUGGAUGAUUAUGUUAUUCUAUUAUGUAAUGAUUUAAAAAUUGGAUAUUCACACACACCUUGCUGUGUUUUAUUGAACAAUGUUUUGGCAAAAAUUGUCAGGUGUUUUGAAGAAACUUUGUCAAUAAAACACAGCAAGGAGAAACUUGAGAGUGGGACUCUCUUAUUUAUGUUAAUACUCUUCUAGUCUGCACCUUUUGGGUAUGUGCCAUUUUGUAUCUGUAUAUACUCACUGAGCACUUUUAGGAACAUUUUUACUUUAAUACACCUACUUAUUCAUACUAUUAUCUAAUCAGCCAAUUGUGUGGCAGCAGGGCAUACAAUCAUGUAGAUACGGGUCAGGAGCUUCAGUUAAUGUUCACAUCAACCUUCAGAAUGGGGGGAAAAAUUUAUCUCAGUAACAUUGACCAUGAUUGUUAGUGGCAGACGGGGUCAUCUGAGAAUCACAGAAAUGGCUGAUCUUUGAUUUACUAGUCUCUAGAGUUUGCAAAGAAUGAUGAGCAGCAGUUCUGCAGACAGAAACACCUUGUUAAUGAGAGACUGGCCAAACUGGUCAAAGCUGACAGGAAGGUGACAGUAACGCAAAUAACCACACUUUACAACAGUUAAGUGGAUAGGCUACAGCAGUAGAAGUCUCAAAAAUAAGUAUUGUAAAUAGCUAAUAAAGUGCUCAGUGAAUGUAUAAAGCGUAUUUUGUCAACUGAAAAAACGAUCUAUUUUUUAAUUGUCUAUUACCUAUCCACUGCUAUAAAAUAGUUUUUGUAUCCCUAUCUGUCAUUUCUAUAAUCCUGUUAUGGCAUUGCAGGGGAUAUUUUUUCAAAGGUAUUAAAUUCCAUUUAUACUGCAAAUAAAAAUGUUAUGAUUGCCCUUGA